GCCAUCGCGGACGACCUGCAGCAGCGCGGGCUCGCUGUCCAUGAGGUGCAGGAGCCAACCCAGAACUGCGACUUCCUGGGGCUAUCGCUGCGCGAAGGGCGCUGGCUCGGCCUCCGGACGCGCGACAUCUGGCGCGUCCGCGCUGCCAUCCGCGUCGCCCUGCGCCGCCGGCGGGUCAGCGGCUUCCUCGCGCUGGUGCUCACCGGCCGCUUCACCUGGGCCCUCCUGAUUCGGCGCGAGAUGUCGCGCGUACUAGGGGCCACCAACGCCGUCAUCCAGGUGAUCCGCGACCUGCUGCCCCUGUGCUCGGCCGACCUGUGCGCCCCGUGGCGCGUGCGCGUUGCUGGUGCAGACGCCUCCCCCUGGGGCUCAGGCGUCGUUGCUCGCCGCGCCCCGAAGGACCUCGUGGGCGCCGCUGGCCGAGUUGCCGGGACAUGGAGAUAUAAGGUCGAAAGGGGCGCCCGAGCCAGAGCUCGCACAGUCGGAGUGAUCGGACAGACUGACGUCACCACCGCCGGCCUGGGCGACUCUCUGGGCUUCGACUAUUCGAUCUUCGGGGAUGUUGGCAUCGAGGGCGAUGAGGGGUUCGGCUCGAAGGGCCCCUCGCUGCUCGACCUUCGGCCGCCCGUCGACUUCGAGGAGGUCCCGGCGCACUUCAUUCGGGGGGGGGGCCGGGGCUCGAUCGCGGCCGUGCACAUCGACUGUCGGGCCAACAUCCUGGCCCUGAAGGGGGAGGCGCUCGUUCUCGG